CUGUAGCGUUGAAUACGCCUCAAAAUGUUCAAACAGGUUCAACUACUGGAAUAAGCUGGAAAUUUGAUGGUGUAAGAUUUGAUGUACCUAUAAAUAUUUCAAUGGGUUCAUAUCUUGCAAUUACCUGGAGUUAUAGUGGUACUCAAAGCAGACUCAACGUGUUGGGGAUCAUGAUUUUACAAAUUUCAAAUAUUCUAAUUAUAGAUUCUAAUGUGGACUUUACAAAAAAAAGUCUGCUUUGGGCUGUUACUGUCGAUGCAGGAAGUUACAAAUUUUUUUUAAUGGAUAAAAUUUCUUAUUUAUUCGUAUUUUCAAAUAAAUUUAUUGUUUCACAAAAAUCUGAAGGAUCAUCAAGCAGCUAUGAGAACAUGAAAAUUAUUGAUCUUGAAGUUGACAAUUAUGAAAAUAAAGAUCGAAUCGGAAAUGAUAAGAAGAAAAGAAUCAAUAAUGGGAUAUUUAAGAACGGAGCGAUGCGAAUAAAGAAUGGUGCCAUACCUGUAAAGUCCAUUGAAAAAAGGGUUGAAGCGAAUAAACUGAAAGAUGCUAGAGUUGAU